AUGCAAAUACACGGUUCGCACCUGCUUCAGAGGCAACCCGCAACAGCCGCUCCGACUCCUCCGCACCGCACACCCGUCAGCCAAAUUCACGCUGACCAACUCACCAAAUCCUCUCUAUCACAUUCCUCCCGUUCGUUCCUCCCCGCGUGUCCCUCCCUCCCCGUGCAUCCGGUGCUCGACUCCACAGCGGCAGCUCUGCAGGCUAUCCAGGGCAGCUGGGGGGUGUCGAUGGGCGGAUGGACCAAGGGUGGGCAAUGCGAGGACGCCUCCGGGUUGACGUGCAGUGGGAGCGGCAUGGUGGAGGAUCUGGAUCUUACCGCUUCGACCGAGUUUACAGGGUUCACCACGCAGACUCUCCCGAGCGCACUCUUCAACCUCACCUCGCUCACACGCCUGAGACUCACUCGCCUCAAUCUCCAAGGUUCCAUCCCUGAAGCCUUGGGCACUCUCCUUCACCUACAAGUCAUCAAGCUGUACAACAACAACCUCACAGGCCCGCUGCCAGCAUCGCUCACCAAUCUCGACAAGCUCAGCAUACUGCAGAUGGACUUCAACGGGAUCACGAGCCCUGUGCCGCAGCUCGCCACAACCAUGGAACACCUAUGUCACGCUGCCCUCGCCGCAUGCCACGCACGCACACACCCAUGCUUCUCGCCGCAAUCCAAUUAUCAUGCUUCGCCUUCCUCUGCCUCUGCUGCUGCUGCUGCUGCUGCUGCUCCUAAAUCUCCUCCUCGAACGACCGAUUUUAAUGACAGUGUCUUUCUGCGCAUGCGUGCAUGGCGCCACCACCCGCACAUCACAUGGCAGGAACCUGCAGGACAACCGCCUCACAGGCGCCAUGCCUCACUGGCUCUCCACCUUGAAAGGCCUCCAGAACCUCUACUCAACCUCACCACGCUGAGGUUGCACUCGAACCAGCUGAGUGGGUCCAUUCCGACGUUCCUGGGGGAGCUGCGCGCGCUCAAGGACCUCACGCUGCACGACACCCUGAUAACUGGCACCAUACCAGCCACCCUGGGAGGGCUCGCCGCACUCAAGGACUUCAAUGUGCCAGGGUACCUGGCGUGCCCGGGCAACAGCACCUGGUGCGUGGUGCCUCAGACCAACACCACGGCCUUCUGCCACCGCUGCACCGCCUUCUGCGCCACUUGCUCCACGGAAGCUCCGCCCGCACCGCCCGUGGACAGCUGCUUGGGGGUGGUGUGCGCGAGAGAAUCCACAGUGUGUGAGAACGGGCAGUGCCGCUGCGCUGACGGCUACGUCGGCAACGCCACCACUGGAUCGUGCGCUAUCGGGAUCACUAUUUGGCGCCUUAUUCUCAUCAUUGUCGGAUCAGCACUCGCACUCGCGCUGCUGUGCCUCGCUGCCGUGUGGCUCUACAAGAGAUUCUUCCGCAGCGGCAGCAGCAGCAGUGGUACCCACAGCAUGUACGCAACGCAGCGGUGGCCAAUCGGCAAGUCGACACGAGUCGGGGUGGGCGCGUGGGCGGAGUCAGGAGUGGUGUGCAAGGAGUACCCCCUGAAGCUGGUGCUCAAGGCCACCAACAACUGGUCUCAGGACAACCUGUUGGGGUCGGGAGGAUACGGAGACGUGUACCGAGGAGUGAGCCUGCUUGAUGCCUGCACGCCCUGGGCUGUCAAGCGCGCCAAAGUGCUCACGAAUGACUUUCAGAAGGAGGUUUGCCAGAUGUCGUCGAAGCACCACCCGCACCUGGUGCGCCUGCUGGGCUUUGCCAUGGGCGGCAAUGUGCGGUCCAAGAUAGAGCAGGUGCUCAUAUACGAGCUCAUGCCCAAUGGAGACCUGGACAAGUGGAUGGGCAAAGGUACGCACCAACACCAACACACCACUCACUCCCGCCCUCCCUCUGUGACACAUUGUGCUGAUCUGUGCAUAACCCAUGUUCUUCUUACAUAG